AUGGAUACUCCACUGCGGCUGACGUGUAUCUGCAUCCUUGACUCCAAUGGGGAGCGCAUCUGCGCUCAGUAUCCCACAAGGGCUCCUCCUUCUUUGGGCCCUCCAUGCCCUUACAGAGACUUCGACAGCCAACGGAAAUUUGAAGGUCUCCUUCACCAGGGUCUCAUGAAUAUCAGGGGCAGAACAGAUGCUGAGGCGCUACAGGUAGAGGGGGAGAUAGCUGUGGGCCUGGAUGUAGGGGACGUGUCAAUUUUCGCCGUUUCUCCCGAGUCCUCUGCCAACGAGCUGCUGCUGCUUGAAGUAGUAGAGGCCCUCAGAUCUGUCUUAAGCUCGAUCUGCAAGUACGUGACGGACUUAUCUUGUGCUGUAGCUACGUCUGCUGCCCUCGUUGGGUCUUACGGUUCUGGUGGUGGAACGGGUGGCGGCUCGCAGCAGCAGUAG